AUGCCGAGGAAGCAGGUCGUGCGGCCUUCAAAGAAGAGAAGUAAUGUUCCGGAAGCAACCGAGCGAAGGUCCAAGGCAAGAAACGACGUUCCUCCUCCUCGUCCGCAUGCUCCAUCUCCUCCUAGGCAAGUACCUUUGGUGACUCGUCGUGUUUCUCUCGGUAGGAAAAUAGAUUUCGACUUCUUAGAAGCCCAGGGUUUUACCAUAGGUCUGAAGCUGAAAGCCAUGGGUUGGGAAACCCUAUGUUCCCUUGACAUUCCGACGUACCCGAACCUUGUUCGCCAUUUCUAUGCCAAUCUCAAAACCGGAAUUGCUACCAUUGAAAGUGUGGUAAAGGAAACCCCAAUUCUGCUAAACCCGAAAACCCUAGGGAGUCUUGUGAACAUCCCAACCUCUGGUUCAACCGAAGAUUUUUUAGAAAAUAGAGUGUUGGGCAUUCAAUAUCUUCUUGGCACAGAAAAUGUUAGUCCACUUGAGCAAAUUUCGGCCAACCGACUUAGUGUGGAAAAUCGACUAUUACAUCAUAUUGUUAGCCGAAUCCUCUUUUCGAAAACAGGUAGGUUUGAUUUUGUGUCCGAAAGAGAUAUUCUUGUUAUCUUCCACAUUCUGAACGGUAGCCCCCUUAGUUUACCUCACCUGAUUAUUAGACACAUGGUAGAGUCUGCCUCUAGAGCUAGGGCAUCCUUGCCAUAUGGAAUGCUCUUAACCUUAGUCUUCGAGGAGUUCGGUGUAAAUACUGAAGGGGAACCAUCUACAACUCUUGGUCAUUGGGAUACUUACAAUGACCGGUCGCUACAUCGAAUGGGUUUUCGUAAGAAAGAUGGUCAGUGGAUAAGAAAAGAUGAAGGGAAGAGCAGUGCGUGCCAUAGAGAAGAGCAGCGACCUGUCGAAAAUGAAGAAUCAUUUCAUCCUCCCACUGAAGAACCAAUUGCCCAAACUCAGCAGCCCACUGAAGUUAGACUUAGUGCUGAGCAGUUCAGAGCACUAAGGGAUGAUAUCGUGCAAGAGCUAAGAAAUUCUAGAGAUGUUGCUUGUACAGACUUGGUACCUUCCAAUGCAACCGUGUGUGAAUUGGUCGCUGAAAUGAGGGCGGAAAUGGUCAGUCUUCGAUGUCUUCUUCAAGGACAGUACCAGAGAUUUGUGGACAUAGAAGAGGAGACCAAAAAGCUUCAACAAUCUGUCAAAAAGGACAUGGAGAAUCUGAAUGAAAAUGCACAGGAUGUAUGCGACAAACUUCUACAAUCACUUCAUAAGAUCAAUCAGACUUUAGCUGACCUGAACAAGUCCUAUCUCCAGUCCAACUCUGAAGUUGCAGCCAUUCUGCAGAAAGUUUCAGAAGUUCUGGGUCUUGUAAUGGGGAGACUGCCAAGAGCUUCUUCGAGUUUCACUGCCCCAUGA